UUUUCCGCUUUCAAAAACUCAUCACUGAACGACAUCUAGUUGCAACGAACUGAAUUAGAGAAAGAAUGUCCAGGUGUCAUGUCCAGAUGAAUUCUUAAACUAAUUAAACAAGUAUUAAAAAUGAAGUGUGUAGUUUAAACGGAAUAAUCUAGCCUGUUACUGGCAAUGGCCUUUCUUUGCCCAGUCAGAAUCAGAAGAGGAAAGAGGAAGAAAGACGGUGAUAAACUUUCCAGUAGGACUCCUAGCAUUGGACGAAUAACUGGAAGUGCCAGCAUUGAAACUCUAGUUCGUGUAGGAAUUGAAAAAGAAAAUGGAUUAUCUCCUGAUUCAAAAAUGGUUGUACUACAUGAUUUUACACCAUGUGUGGAUGAUGAACUAGAAGUUAAACGUGGACAGACUGUCAAUGUUCUUUACCAGGAAAAUGAUUGGGUAUAUGUAAUUGCCGAAAACAAUCAUGAAGGUUUCAUUCCACAUUCAUAUUGUGCUUCCUUUGGCAGCCAUCUUGCUGAAUUAGCAUUAAAUGUAAAACACAAAAAACUUCCAAGAAAUGAGAGGGAAGCUGAAAUGGACCAAACCUCUUCACGUGGAACACAGUCUGCAGAUAGUGGCCAACAUUCUGAUGCAGAAAGUUACGGAGGAGGUCAAGAAUCAAAAUCAAAUAAUAAUCUUCAGAAUCCUAGUUCAUCGUCUCAGACUUCUUUGCCUGAUGUUCAUCCAUUUUUUAAAGAUCCGGCAGGAAGAUAUGUUGUAUUAUAUACAUUUAUAGCAAGAGAUGAAAAUGAUGUGAGUGUAGAAAGAGGAGAAUUUGUGACUGUUUUAAAUCGUGAAGAUCCUGAUUGGUUUUGGAUUGUGCGAUCAGAUGGUCAAGAAGGAUUUGUACCUAGUGCCUUUGUGUAUCCAGCUGAUGUUAUUCAAGACGGUGAUAAACUUUCCAGUAGGACUCCUAGCAUUGGACGAAUAACUGGAAGUGCCAGCAUUGAAACUCUAGUUCGUGUAGGAAUUGAAAAAGAAAAUGGAUUAUCUCCUGAUUCAAAAAUGGUUGUACUACAUGAUUUUACACCAUGUGUGGAUGAUGAACUAGAAGUUAAACGUGGACAGACUGUCAAUGUUCUUUACCAGGAAAAUGAUUGGGUAUAUGUAAUUGCCGAAAACAAUCAUGAAGGUUUCAUUCCACAUUCAUAUUGUGCUUCCUUUGGCAGCCAUCUUGCUGAAUUAGCAUUAAAUGUAAAACACAAAAAACUUCCAAGAAAUGAGAGGGAAGCUGAAAUGGACCAAACCUCUUCACGUGGAACACAGUCUGCAGAUAGUGGCCAACAUUCUGAUGCAGAAAGUUACGGAGGAGGUCAAGAAUCAAAAUCAAAUAAUAAUCUUCAGAAUCCUAGUUCAUCGUCUCAGACUUCUUUGCCUGAUGUUCAUCCAUUUUUUAAAGAUCCGGCAGGAAGAUAUGUUGUAUUAUAUACAUUUAUAGCAAGAGAUGAAAAUGAUGUGAGUGUAGAAAGAGGAGAAUUUGUGACUGUUUUAAAUCGUGAAGAUCCUGAUUGGUUUUGGAUUGUGCGAUCAGAUGGUCAAGAAGGAUUUGUACCUAGUGCCUUUGUGUAUCCAGCUGAUGUUAUUCAAGAUCACGUAAAUCCACAAACGACAGGUCAAAAUAGCACAACCCACUCUUCGGUGACCGGAAAUAACAAUCAUCAUGCAAAUGCGUCCCCUUCGGACGAUUUACGUUUCCACGGUAGCGAACUUGUCAUGCUGUACGACUAUAAAGCUCAGGCGCCGGACGAUCUGAGUAUGAGGAGAGGCGAUUGGGUAUAUGCUGACCUGAAUAAUCAGACGGUAGAUGGAUGGUUGUGGGCCUAUGCUCCAAAAACAAGAAAGUAUGGUUUCAUUCCCAAGGCCUAUGCAAGACCUCCAGCAAUGACUUCACUCUAAUCUCUUAGAGUUAAUGCAACUCUGAGAUUAGAAUUGUAAUUAUACUACAAUUAUAUUUUUAUAAUUGAACAUUUUUUGUUAUAGUAUAGCAUUUUUAAUGCUAAAAAAUUCACUCGUUAUGGAAAUCAUCACUUUUAAAAGGUUGUAGUUAGUAUAUUUUUAUUGUAAUUUUCUGAAUGUUUCAAAAAUUAUAUUUUUCUAUACAUUGUCUAUAAAAUUAGCAUAUGAAAAUUGUAAAUGAAAUGCCAAAAUCUAUAUUUUUAGAAAUAAAUUUUUUUUUAUAAGGAACAAUGUAAUUUGGAAGGGAUCUACUUAGCAAUAUAUGUUACACUGACUUUUGUAUAUAUUUAUGUAUAGAAAUGUUAAGACUGUAUACAUGCUCAUUUAAAAAAAGUUACACUGUAUUGUUCUAUUAACAAAACUCACAAUCUGUAAAUUCUUGUAAUUUCAAAACAAACAUUCCAUCACACGUGAUAAAUUUAGUGUAUAUUCGCAAUCAGUUUCUCUUUAAAACAUUCCUGAAACCUAGUAAUUUUGUGCCACUUCAUCUGUAAAACAAUUUGGCUUUUAUGAAUCUCUUUUGAUAUGUGAUAAAAUUGUCAUGUAAAUUAUUUAUCAGAAAUCUGAGACGCACUUUGUCUAUUCAUCCAGAUUUUAUUGCAUUUUAAAACAUUGAAGUCUCCUGUACCUAUUUUCUGAUUUUCCUCUCUUAAAUUGUUAAUUAGUAGAAAAUUGCACAUCUCAAAGGGCUGGUGCAAAGUGAAGGGUUCGGAUGUAAAAGACAGCAAAAAAGCUUCCAUCAGUAUGUUGCAAAUGUGCUAAUGGCUAAACAGCAAUGUAUUUCAAUUUAAAUAUUAUAUGUACAUGUACUUUUUAACUAGAAUGUGGACUUUAUUCUAAUUAAAUUAAACAAAGAAGAAAACUUCUUAAUUAAGACAUUUAAUUUUUAUAUUUUCUUUAAACUUUCAUUACAGCACUUACCAUCUUUACACUUGAACCCUUCAAAUGUUAUUUAUUAUCUGAUAAAGUUAAAUUUUGAAAAAUCCAUAAAAAUAAACAAAUUGUUUUCAUUCUUCAAAUGUCUAACAUUGUUUUUAACUGUUAGUCAUAUUUUUGUAUUCUUUGUAAGCAUUCCCUCUUAUGGUACUCGUCGAUGUUGUAAUAUUUAAAUUUUACUAAAGGUUGCCUUUUGUUAUUGGGACGUGCACUGGAUUUUUUUUAUGUAAGUGAAUAUCAAAAUCGUUAUUUUCGAUUUUGAUGUUUAAUAUGUUGAAUGUGUUUAUUAUUGUAUAGUAUUAUCUAUAAAAUUUUGUAAAAUGUGAACAAGAAAGGAAUAAUUGGAAUUGGAAUGUAAAUUUAUAAGAUUUUUAUACUUGAAAUUUAUUAGUUUUUUUAUUGUUAGACCAAUAAAUUUUAUUGGUUUGAAUUGUUGUGGUUUAUUCUUAAGAAUAAUAAUUAAUAAAUAAUAAUUUCACAAUUUUUAAAAGUCUUGUACUGAAAUAUUUGAUCAUGUCAUGGAAAAAAUAUUGUAUGAUAACUUACAAUAUGAGAAAUUAUCCGAAACGGACAAAAUAAAAAUCUCAGAAUA